AGGUUGGUGUGUGUGUCUGUCUGUGUCUGUGUGUGUGUCAGUCAGUCUGUCUCAGGUGAGCUGCUGUUACCUGUCACCUCUCUACACACAGCUUCCAAGCAUGGGUUCAGGCGUAACCGGUCAGUUUGUGCCUCUCAGUGAGAAACUUCAUCUCCCCACAGAGCAGGUGAAUUUUGUGGUGUGUCAGCUCUUUGGGUUAUUGACAGCUUUCCUAUUUCGCAAGUACCUGCACCCCAGCAAAACCAGCCCCAUCGUCAGGCAUACAGUGGCCACACUCUUGGGUCUAUACUUUGCCUUCUUCUGCUUUGGAAGGUUUGUUGUUCACUUUUUGCUGGAGGUGAUGCUAUCGUACUGUGUUCUGGUCACGAUUGACGUAAAACGUGUUCACAAGUACAGUUUUGUGGCAGCCAUGGGAUAUCUCACCGUCUGCCAGAUUAUCCGAGUCUACGCCCUGGACGGAAAAGAACAUUCAGCGGACUUCUCUGGCCCAUUGAUGGUGAUCACACAGAAAGUAACAAAACUGGCCUUCGAAAUUCAUGAUGGUCUGGCUCGCGAUGACGUUCAACUGAGUCCAUCCCAGAAACGAUUGGCAGUGAGGCGAGUGCCGAGCCUCCUGGAGUAUCUGAGUUACAACCUGAACUUUAUGGGGAUCCUGGCAGGACCUGCCGUGUCCUUCAACCAUUACAUCGACUUCAUCGAGGGCAGCAAAGUCGAGGUGAAACCGGUUUGUCCCCCGGGGAUCAACAGCGAUAAUUGCCAGAAGCACGACCCCUCACCUCUGAGUGCAGUUGGGCGUAAGGUGCUGUCUAGCAGUGUGUCCCUCUUGAUGCACCUUACGCUUUUGAAGACCUUUCCCCUCGCCUACAACACAGAUGAGGAAUUUGUCCGCACGGCUUCAUUUCCCAGACGCUGCUUCUAUCUCUAUGCCUCCCUCCUGGCCUGCAGACCCAAGUACUACUUUGUCUGGACCAUGGCUGAUGCCAUCAACAACGCUGCAGGGUUUGGGUUCAGUGGAUACGAUGAGAACGGAAGAGCUCGGUGGGAUCUGACUUGCAACCUGAACAUCAUGAAGAUUGAGUUCGCGACCAGCAUGAAGCAGUUUAUCGACAACUGGAACAUUCAGACGGCUGCGUGGCUCAAAGAGAUCUGCUACGACCGCUGUUCCUUCAGCCCCACCAUCACCACCUUCUUUCUGUCUGCGGUGUGGCACGGUGUAUAUCCCGGCUAUUACCUCACCUUCAUCACCGGCUCCUUCAUGACACUGGCUAGCCGCUCGGUCAGGAAGAACCUGAGGCCUCACUUCCUGGUGUCGCGGAGGAGGAGGUGUCUGUACGACAUGGUUACCUGGGCGACCACCCAGCUGAUGGUCAGCUACACCGUGGCCCCCUUCGUGCUCCUCUUCGCUGAUUCUUCGCUCGCGUUCUACAGGUCUUGGUACUUCUGUUUUCACAUCCUCACUGGUGUCCUGGUUCUGGUGCUGCCACAGAAACCGAGACAGACGGAGAGAAAGGAACAGGUGGAGAGCAAAGAACAGGCGGAGAGCGAAGAACAGACGGAAAGGAAAGGGUCCAGUCCUACGUGCCUUCUGAACGGUCACUGGGAGAGGAAUGGAAGAACAAUCACAGAUGCCAACCGAAACCAAACGAGAGAGGGGAAGACAAUUAUUUAAGGACCAUUUUAAAAUAUUCAGGGAAAGUCGGAGGUUGUUUAAGACGACUUUGGGCCCUGCUCUUCCGUCCUAUUAGCUAAAGCUACGAGAGUGACUGUGCAGAGUGUUAGCCUAAAGCAGGGUGAUCCAACUGGUCACAAGCGGGCCGGGGAUGAUUUCAUCACACGAACCGUUUCCAAGUUCGUUGUCCGCAGGCGGUCACCAGGGGCUUAGGUCUCCCGCGCGCCCCCCCCCCCACCA